AUGUUGGGGAUUCCAUUCCUCGACUACGCAUUCCUAAAGCUUUUUGCUCCAAGUACAUAUGAUGACCGUGUCGACAGGCUAAAUUAUUUCGUUACAGCUUCAUUACUCACCUUUUUCGCAAUCUUGGUGUCUGCUAAGCAAUAUGUUGGUUCCCCUAUCCAGUGCUGGAUGCCUAUGGAAUUCAAGGGAGGUUGGGAAGAAUAUGCUGAAGAUUACUGCUUCAUUCAGAAUACGUACUGGGUUAGCUUCAAAGAGGAUGUCCCUAAAAGUGUUGAGAAUAGACAAGAAGCAGAAAUUGGUUACUAUCAAUGGGUACCGAUAGUUCUGGCAUUGCAAGCUCUUAUGUUCUUUAUACCUGCCUGGAUAUGGAAAACGCUCAACAAACAAAGCGGGCUGGACUUGGAUACAAUUGUUAAAGAGGCUAAAAAAGUCAGAGCAGCAAAAUCUGAGGAUCGGAAAACAGAGAUUUCGAAACUUUCAUUAUAUAUCUCAGAAAACCUUGAGUUUGACGCGAAUCGAACUACGCGGCAUUUUCUGUUUUUUAAUUUUGGACGAUCGCUUGGCUCGUAUUGUUCUGUCCUGUAUCUCAUUGUGAAAUUGCUUUACGUUGUAAACAUAAUCACACAGUUCAUCAUACUGAACAAUUUCCUCGGAAGCGAUCACAGUUUGUGGGGAUUUUCUACUAUGUAUGAUUUGUGGAACGGCAGAGAAUGGUCCGAUUCUGGGGUAUUUCCUCGGGUUACGAUGUGUGACUUUAGCGUACGACGCCUCGCUAACCUCCACCGGUACACGGUGCAAUGCGUCCUGAUGAUUAACAUGUUCAACGAGAAGAUCUACUUGUUCAUUUGGUUCUGGUUCCUGUUUGUUGCCAUUUCUACCGUAUUCAACUGUAUUUACUGGUUCUUCACCCUAAUUUUAGCUCACAGUCGUGAGCGAACUGCUCGUACUUUGCUCACUAAUAUGAAACUCGACGACUCGGCUAACAUGGACAAAAGAAUAUUUAGGCGGUUUGUCCAUAAAGGAUUAAGGACUGAUGGAGUUCUCCUUUUGCGUUUCAUUGACACUUACGCGGGUGGGAUGACUGCGAGAGACCUUUGUUCGCAACUUUUUGUUAAUUAUUAUGGUGACGUGGAUACUCACUAUUUGCGAGCUCCUGGUAGCCAGACAACAAAAAGCACAUCUCCUGGAAUUGAUGAGGGUUUUACUGAAGGGCAUUAUAACUCCGACAAACUAAAUGGACCUCUUCUGCAGCCGGAUGCAGGUUAUCCUGAAUCGCCAAAAUCAAAGAACAUUUAA